AUGGCGAGUCAGGCGGCCCCGAUGGAGGAGAUCAUCUGGAGAUCUCCCCAGCAUGUGCAGAUGAUGGGGGGUUACCUGCACUCCAACAACAUCCUCUUUUACUUCGCUGAGUCCACAUUCUUCGACCCUCAAUCCAACAAUGGCAUCCUCGCGACCCAAGCUACCUAUAACGAGUCCCUCCGGCACGUCGUUGAAACCCGCGCGACAUUUGAAGGAAAACUGAAGCAGAUGCAAGGCCUGGAAUUCAUCGUCUCAUUUGAUCCUCUCGAAGCUGCGGCCCAGUCGAACCCGAAUCGCUUCGAUUUCGAACCCAACAACAUCUGGGUGAUUCGCAAGCAGGAUCGGAAGAAGCGGAGUGGAAUGGAGGAUGAGGUGACGGUCAUAUCCACCUAUUUCGUGGUCGGCGACACUAUCUAUAUGGCACCAUCGGUCGCCAGUGUGGUCGGAAACCGAAUCUUGACCGCCGUCACGUCACUUUCGCGACUCCUAAAGACAGCAUCGACCUUGCCUACAUUCACCCCAUCCACAGGCCACACUUACCUACCACCUACAGCCCGCACCACGGAACCCGGUCAGCAGGCUUCCCAGCAGAGCAAGGAAAACACCCCGAUGCCCGAUGCGACUCAGUCCUCUGCCGAAACACAAUCAUCAGGCAAGGCCAGCCUCGGCGUCUCAACGACGAGCUCCACCUUCCAAGAUACACGAAACUUGGCCGAGGCAUUCCACCUGUUCACGCAAUACGGCGAGGAGUUCAUGGACGAGCAUCCUCUUACCGGAGAACCGGGCUCUUUCAUCUUGUCCCGAGUCGGCGAGAGUGAUCGUGCCGCUGGCGCCGCAGCGAAGGCUGCUUCCAAGGCAACCCUGGGCACGGGAAUGAAUACACCCUCUGGUGUUCGAGGUCGAUCGAGUACCCCCCAAGUCCGAAUUGAUACGCCGGGGAAAGCGUCGGAGAAGAGCAACUCCCCACCUAGCUCGGGCGAGAAUAAAGGAAAGAAGAAGAAGAACCGGGUUGCGAGCUGA